ACAUAUCCUAUUUCCACACUAACUCACUUUCUCAUUUUAACCUUCCAAAAAAGAAAAAUAAAAAAAGAAAAAGUUGGCAAGGGUUCGAGAACAACAAAUUAAGAAAUGGAGGGGAAGGAAGAAGAUGUUAAGCUGGGAGCAAACAAGUACACAGAGAGGCAGCCAAUAGGGACGUCAGCUCAAACAGAGAGCAAAGAUUACAAGGAACCACCACCCGCGCCUUUGUUUGAGCCAGGUGAGUUGUCAUCCUGGUCGUUCUACAGAGCCGGGAUCGCGGAGUUCAUAGCCACUUUCUUGUUCUUGUACAUAUCUGUGUUGACGGUCAUGGGUGUGGUCAAGUCUCCCACAAAGUGUGGGACAGUUGGUAUCCAAGGAAUUGCGUGGGCUUUUGGUGGUAUGAUCUUUGCCCUUGUCUACUGCACUGCUGGUAUCUCAGGAGGACACAUCAACCCAGCUGUUACCUUUGGUUUGUUACUGGCUAGAAAACUGUCUUUAACAAGGGCAGUGUUCUACAUGGUGAUGCAGUGUCUUGGAGCCAUAUGUGGUGCAGGUGUGGUGAAAGGGUUCCAGGGUAAAACCCAAUUCAACACUUUGGGUGGUGGAGCCAAUGUGGUAGCCCAUGGCUACACCAAGGGAUCAGGUCUUGGUGCAGAGAUUAUUGGGACCUUUGUCCUUGUUUACACUGUUUUCUCUGCUACUGAUGCCAAAAGAAGUGCCAGAGACUCACAUGUCCCUAUUUUGGCUCCUCUCCCAAUCGGGUUCGCGGUUUUCUUGGUCCAUUUGGCCACCAUCCCCAUUACCGGAACUGGGAUCAACCCUGCAAGAAGUCUUGGGGCUGCAAUCAUCUACAACAAGGACCACGCAUGGGAUGACCACUGGAUUUUCUGGGUCGGUCCAUUCAUUGGAGCUGGGCUUGCGGCAUUGUACCAUGUGAUAGUCAUCAGGGCUAUUCCCUUCAAGAGCAGAUCUUAAACUUGCAUUUCUUUUAUUUAUUGUCUGUCUACUAUGACUACUUGUUCUCUACCGUAAUGUGGAAUUUUAGCGUUUUUCUUUAUUAGUUUCGAUUGAUGAAUGCGUGUAAAUUACCUAUCUAUCUACCUACGCUGGAAUUGGUGUUGUAUUAAAGUUAAGUUAAAACCUGUUGUGGUCCACCUUUCUCUCUGAAAUGAACAUGUUUGAGUUCAGCUAA